CCACCCGCCUAGCUUCCACUAAAGCCCACCACGUGCUCGCAAUCGAGCGGCCCCGGGUUCAGCGCUUCACCCCAUGUAUCAAUGUUAGGACUACGCUUCAACACAUUGGAGUGCAUGGGGUGGUUCCAUGCAACUACAAGAGGUUUAGUUUGAAAGUCAAUGGUGACACUUUGGUGUUGCUGCCUACAUGGGUUACGCGCCCAUGGCUUGGUACAUUUGUAUUUGAGGCUGAGGCAGCGCCUUCCCUUCCCCGACAGACAAGCUCUCUCUACAAAACAAAUUCAUUUCCAGUCCAAUCAAUCAAGUCUCGCCGAACCCUACCUCAAGCGGUGACGGCAAGGCCCGCAUGUCGUCCUGAAGUGCAGAAUCCAACGCUUGCUCAUUGAAGGGCACCCCGGCCUCAUAAUGGAGCGCUUUCUUAAACGGGCCCGGCCCGAGUCUGGCCCGUCCACUCCUCGGUCUCUUGGUCGUGCCGUUAGCCCCCCUCGAAAAAAAGGCCGACGCGCCGAAGCGGCAGUAUCGGAGCCGGGGCCAGGGCCGAAACUAGGUGCGGAGAGUCACGAUGACGCUGUUGCGGACUGCGCUCUCGUCGUAAGCUCCGACACGGACGCCAGUGAGGCGGAGCAUGCGGUUCUGCCAAGCUCCACGCGCCAGGAGUCAUCGUCUGCCACGCCGGUUGAGGCCGCGACCGUCACCGACUUCAGUUCCCCGUUCCGCUUGACGCAUAUUAAGGAUCUCGCCCCUCAGGAUAACGUCGACGCCGUUCGGCUAAAGGACGUCAUCGGCGAUCCGCUCAUCUCGGAGAUCUGGAACUUCAACUACCUCCACGACAUCAACUUCGUCCUCGGAGCCCUCGACGAGGAUGUCCGUCACAUGAUCAAGGUCAACGUCAUCCAUGGCUUCUGGAAGAAGGACGACCGUAGGCGGAUCGACCUCCAAAGAGACGCGGCCCAAAACAAGAAUCUGACUCUUCACACGGCAUUUAUGCCCGAGAUGUUCGGCACCCACCACUCCAAGAUGCUGAUCCUGCUGCGGCACGACGACACCGCCCAGGUCGUGAUCCACACGGCGAACAUGAUCCCCAAGGACUGGACCAACAUGACGCAGAGCAUCUGGCUCUCGCCGCGGCUGCCUCUGCAAAAGCCGACGGCCCCGGCCCCGGCGCAUGUGGAUUACGAGAGCCUGCCGGAAGGCAGCGGCGAGAAGUUCAAGCUCGACCUCCUCAGCUACCUGCGCGCCUACGACAAGCGAAGGGCCAUCUGCAGGCCGCUCGUGCAGGAGCUGCAACGGUACGACUUCUCGAGCGUGCGCGCGACCCUCGUCGCCAGCGUCCCCGGCCGGCACCAGAUCCACGACCGGUCGGCCGCCACCUGGGGCUGGGCCGCCAUCAGGCGGGCCCUCGAGUCGGUGCCGCUCCAGACUGCCGCCGGCAGGACGCCAGAGGUGGUGGUGCAGGUCUCGUCCAUCGCCACACUCGGUCCUACGGAUUCGUGGCUGCGCGGGGCCCUGUUUGACUCCAUGAGCAGGGGCAAGGCCGCGGCGGUGGCGGCGCCCAAGCCGCGCUUCAAGGUCAUUUUUCCGACGCCCGACGAGAUCCGCGCCUCGCUGGACGGAUACGCCGCCGGAGCCUCCAUCCACACAAAGAUACAGUCGGCGCAGCAAGUGAAACAGCUCAUGUACUUGAAGCCCUUGUUUUGUCACUGGGCGAACGACUCGGCAUUGGGAAAUGAAAAGGAUGAGAAUGCCCCUAUCCGCGAUGCAGGCAGAAACCGAGCGGCGCCCCACGUCAAAACGUACAUCAGAUACGGGGACGGGGAGAGGUCUCUGGACUGGGCCCUGAUGACGUCAGCGAACCUCUCAAAGCAGGCCUGGGGGGAGGCCGUGAACGCGAUGGGCGAGGUGCGGAUAGCCUCGUGGGAGAUUGGCGUGCUGGUGUGGCCAUCUCUGUUUGCAGAGAAGGCGCGGAUGGCUCCUGUGUUCGGGAGUGACCGGCUGUCGGUUGAGGAAGCGGAUGAGGCGCGUCAGGGGGGCGGGCCGGUGAUGGGCCUGCGAAUACCUUACAACCUCCCCGUUCAAGCUUAUGGCAGAGAUGAAAUUCCUUGGGUCGCAACCGCAAAGUACGACGAGUUGGACUGCAAGGGUCGGAAGUGGAAAUAAUGAUACCCCAUCUGUCUAGCAUUAGAAAGUCUAGCCGAAGUCGCAGCAGCCGCUAAUGCCACACGCCAGAGCAAAAUGUCAGUGAACAGAUUUGCGAUUCCUAGUCACUCUAUAGACUUGCUCAGUAGCUCAACACGUGUCAAACAGAACUCCC